GUGAGGCAGCCAGAUAGCAAAUUUUAAUGUCCUGUACGCGAUAAAGCAGCAGUCUACCCGUGCACAGCCUUGGAGAGCAGGUCACCCCGGUCCCUGCUGUGCUAGUACUCUGCUUGCUAAUUGAGGGUUUGGAGUUCUGUCAAAUGUUGCGUAAUUUUACUUGAACUAGCCUUGCGGAGGUCCAAACACACCUAGUUUCACUUGAGAAAUGAGCAAACCUUUAAAGGCUAGCGCCCUGAGCGCCGAAGCAGCUGCAAUGGAGGCGAAGCUGGCUGAGCUCAGGAAGGCCAUGGAGAAGGAGCGAGCGAAGCGAGAAGCUCUCAUGGCGAACGCGGGAGCUGGUUCUAUCUGGCGAAACGGUGCUGCUGCGGGCGGGUUACGGAACGCCGGCAAGGGCCCAGGAGCAGCAGCCACAGCUUCCAGCAGUGGCGCCAGCACCAGCCGGCGGCCGGACAGCAGCGAGGCCUCAGGGCCGCCGUCUGGGUCCGCUUCCGCACGUGGUGGCAAUGCGGCAGGCUCGGGCAGCGCCGCUGCCACGCCUGCAGAGAUUCCCUCUGUCUCGGGCAGCCGUCUGACGGCGGCGCGCCCUGCUGCCGGACCAUCUUCACGCACAACCAACAUCCUUGACUUGCAGAGCGGCACUGAGGUGGGCGGCAUGAGCUGCGGCACGGAGGACGACCCCUCGCUGGGGGCGGGCGCCUUCAACGAGGCCGACAGCCACAAGUCCUUCCUGGAGGCGCUCAAUGAGUGGCGGAGAGGCAACCGCGGUGACAACGAGCCACCAGCAACCACCUCGGCCACGUCCACGGCAGCAGCAGCAGGAACGGGUGGUGGACGUGCCGUCCGUGCUUCAGCGGCGGUAGAGCACUCCACGCUGGAGGUGCAGACGGAGCAGCGGCCGCUGGCGGUGGCGGCUCGGCCCGGCUCGGCCGCAGCCAAGCCGCUGUCGUAUUUCGACAAGCUUAUAAUCAACACCACCUCCCGGACAGCGGGCCAGCUUGCUGCCGGCGUGCCGCCUGAGGAGGUGGUGUCCAGCGUGUCCAUCCCCCGACCGGCACCGCGCCCGACCUCAGCUUCCGCUCGCGGGGAGGGCGCUGAGACGGCCGCCGCCACCGGCACGCUUGCCUCCAGCAGCAGCGCAGGCGCCGCCGCCUCAGCAAAUGCCAGCAAACCGGGGGCUCCGGCCGCUCCUGCCAUUGUCAUCCCGCCCGCGGACCCCAACAACCCGCUCAGCAUUCUGGACCGCUUGGAGGCCCUGGAGCGGCAGCGGCAGGCGGCGCAAGCGGACGACGAUGAUGACGUGUACGCGGGCGGCAUCACCGUCACCACCGCCACGGGCGUGGUGCUGACCAAGAACAUGCGCCUGCCGGACGAGGUGCUGCUGCCCGACAACAACAGGGAGUAGGAGCAGCGUGGCUGGUAGCGCGGCAGAGCAUAGCAAUGCCGUUGAGGAGCUAGUACAGGGGACGGGAGCGGCUGCAGGGAAUGAUAAGAGUGAGAGGAGAGACUUGUGGAAAGGCGUACUGUUUGUGGGCAGUGGCAUUCUUUCGCUUUCGCAAGGGGCUUGGAGGUGCCACGAAGCCCCAGGGGCGACGCGAGUAAUGCAGCACCGCAGGCAGGCAGGCAGAGUACGUAGCUGGCUGCAUUGGCUGCAUGGUCACACUUGGAAGUCCUGUAAGGUCUGCACGAG